AUACCUACACUAGCGUCAUGAGCAGCAGGUAAACUAAAAUAAAUAACAGUGAAAAAAAGAAAAUAAAUGUAUCCUACUUGCAGCAUGAAAGUAACUAAUUGGUAAAACUCGAUUUUAGAGGCAUUCUGAAAAUUUUGUUCAAUUUGUUUCUUUUCAAGGCCAUUGUACAUCCAUGUGUUAUUAGUCUGGAGAAAGUCCAAAAAAACUAAUAUGAUUGCUAUUUGAUGUAGUAAAUUUUUAUGCCUUUUUAGUCCAUCCAACCACCAUGCCCCUUGAGGAGGUCUGUUCACACGACUGAUUCUGACUAAAUAUCGAAAUAUUGAGGAAUUAAUAAAAUCUAUACUAUUCUUUACUAAAGAGGUCUGCUGUAUCUUGGAUGGCCCAAGGGCGAAUAUGCAUAAAAUUUUUCAUUAUUCAGUGAACUAUUUCUUUAUUAAAAUCAUUGUUCUCCUACUGUAGAUACUUUCCAUGGUAAAUGUCCAAAGAACCUUUUGGGGGGGUUUCCCAAACAGAGCUUAUCCUAGUUCCAGAUUAAAGUGCAUGCUUAAUAUGCCUUAAUUUAAAAACACCUUUUAAUGACACAUUGUAACACAUACAGUAUUAGUGCCAUUGUUUUGUCUUAACUGGCAACUAACUUAUUCCUGUGAGGGGAGUUUAGUCAAAAACUGUUUUAUUGACGUCAUUCAACUGGGAAGUAGAGGGCUGCAGUUCAAACCCGCCGUUUGCUGUAGGCUUUAAAAGGGGACUUCUGUUAAAGAAAAUAUAUCGCCUGGCAGUGAACUGUUCAAUCAUUUUGCAGGUAUUAUUUAUGCUAUUAUAGCAUCAUUACAAACUAACUAAAGUAAAAAAAAAUGGGAUCAGGAAGAUUAGAACGUGACCCUAAAGUCCAUGUAUUUGUUUGUUUCUUUUUUUUGCUAUAGUGGUUAAAGUUGAUCAAAUAUCAAAAACAAAUGAACAAAUUAUUGCACUAUAGACAAAGAAAGAACCAUUUUGUAGUCAUGUUUAGAAAUGUAAGCUUUGCAACAAGUCAGUAUUUAAGUAGCAUAAGUGAUUGUCAAGUUAAUUAUUCCUGUUGCUAUGAGGAAGUGAACUUUAAACCUAAGAUGUAUUAGAAGGAUCUCCGGGAAACCAUUACACAAACAGAUGGUUUGUUCAAAGUGGAUGUAUGAUCCAGGACAAAGGAGUGAAUACAGCCAGAAAUUUUAGUAGUCUUUAGUAGUUUAGUCAAUUUUCCCAUUUUGGAUGAAUAAAGACAGCUGAUAUACGAAAACAGGUUUUUACUUGAAGCUGUGUGGAAGUUUCUAGACAACAUGGAAGCCGACGACAAACUUCAAAUUCUGAAGUUCUUUCUAAUGCUUUUCAAUUCAGUUUUUGUGAUUCUUGGCAUCAGCAUUUUUGCAUGUUCUGCUUGGAUCUUAUUUGAUAACAACAACUUUAUAAGAGUCAUAAGUUCUGGACAGGAAGUCAAGCUGGUGGCUGGCGGGCUCCUUUUAAUCGGCCUGGUUGUGGUUGGCGUGUCCCUGCUGGGUUGUACUGGUGCCUAUUUAGAGAGCAGAUGUUUAAUUAUAUUUUAUCUGGGUUUCUUAAUUAUCAUCAUACUGGGUCAGAUUUUCAUCACCUUUGUGCUAUUGAUAAGACGAGAUUCGAUCAAGCAAUAUUUGAUCAAGAGUGUGGGUGAUAUCAUUAACAAGUAUGGACAAAAUGUAACACACGAAAUAUCAUGGAGCCUUCUAGACAGCGUGCAGAGUACUGCGAAAUGCUGUGGUUGGUCAAACCCAACUGAAUGGAGGAACAAUACUGUUAUAUCGUCACUGAAUGGGGCAAACAUCUACCCAUGCUCCUGUUUCAACGGUACCUGCCCUUUAAUCAUUGAAACAGCCAGAUUUGGAAACGGUUCAAAUAUCUAUAAAACGGGCUGUGAGAAAGUUCUCGGAGAUUGGCUGGAUACAAAUAUUAUUGUAAUAUUUGGGAUGGAUGCUGGACUUUUGUUGAUUCAGGUGCUGCAGUUUAUCUUUGGAGUUCACACCUACAGAUGCAUCGGAUGCAAAAUGAGAGGGCUUCAUCCGAAUAAACUGCUACAUGCUAUGGAUGAGAGCCCUUCGACAGAGCCUGUCCAAGAGCAGUAUGAAGAUCAAACCAAUAACACACAGAUGAACACUGUGAGUCACAAUAAUGGUGAAUAUAAUCAUGGUGGUUAUGAUAAUGGUGGAUACGAUCACGUUGACUACAAUCAAGGUGGACAUAUUGCUGAUAAUUAUGACCUUCGUAACAAUCAUGAAUUUUAUGAACAGGACAACAAGCAAAGUUACAACAGACCCCACAAUCUGGAGUACCAGCAGGGCUACAGCAGCAGUCAUGAUCAGAGUUAUAUUCAGAGGUAUAAUGGUGAUGACUAUUAAAGCCAGAUUUCUUCUCUUGUGUAAUUUGAUCAGAUCAGGACAGACUAAUUUUACAGCACACUGUAGGCUGUGGUCUACAUUUGACCAAAGACUCUUAAAACCUUUACACUUUUUCAAACAGGUUGGCGCUUGUUCUCAGGAGUAUCGUUUGUCAUUUUAAAACAACCAGCAUCUCUUUUUCAAAGAGUUCAUUGCAUACCAUUCACUUCACUGGUUUUCCAUCAACAACACAUUUCUCAAAGUCACAGUUUAGGAUUUUCACAAUGAAAGACAACAUACUUUUAAUCAAGCAUAUCUCCAUUUAUUUUAAUGCCCCUUUACAAGUUUACAGAUACUGUAUAAUGUAGAUGUGUAAUUAUAUAAAAAUACUGACCUGAAAUUAUAAUUGACAAACACAUACACAAUUAAUCAUUUUGAAACACUGACAUAUGGAAAUAUAACCAGUGACCUCAAAAGGUAUUUGGAUUAAGUUACACGCCACUGGAUAAACUCUAAGGGGCCAGUCACACCAAUAGCGUUUAUGGCAGUUGCAGGCGCCUUUUUUGAAUGAUAUUCUAUGGGCAGGGCGCGUUUGCGCGCUGUUUAUGCGCGCCGAGCGCCUUGCGGUUUUUUGCCGCCUGCCGCGCACGCGUUUUUGAAGGAGCGCUGAGAGCGGAGAAGCGCCCGACGUCAUUCGUGUCUUUCCAUUGUCCAAUCGAAUGAGGGGAGAGGCGGGCCUUACGUUGUGGUGAGGGAAGUUUACAGUUGCUUUGAAGAACCGGACACCACUCGCUCACUCUCUCCUGUGUGUUUGUGCACCUCUCACCCUCAAACAAGGUCAGAGCAAGCGUCCUCUUUUUAAAGUUUCUGCUGAUAUGACAGUUAACAGCAAAAGAGCGCUCACGCUUCAAUAUUUGAUUGACAAGACAGCUGACUCGGUGGUUGCUUAGCAAUAUGAAAAGCCGCGUCGCACUGCUCUUUUUUUAAAAAAGGCAGUGCGUCGCGCCUUGCGUUUGCAAGCGUUUAAAGCGCUUUUGGUGUGACUGAAGCCCAGAAAGGAUGUGUUCAUUUUUUUUUACAAUUUGUUUUGUGUUAUUCUUUUAACACAUUAUGUGUCAAGAUGUGUUAAAAGUGUGUGUUGUUUCCAGUGAAAUGUGUUGUUUCAAUAAUAACAUGGAGAUGUGUGGAUUCUGAGACAAUGCAUUUAGUGUGUUGUCCCUACAAUAACACUAAUAUGUUGUUUUUAACACGUCCGUUCUAAGAGUGUAGAUAACAAAUUGUCAAACCAAUAUCUGCAGACAUAUCGUGCUGGACAUUAUCUCAGAUCUAGUAUCACAUUUCUGAAUAUUAUCUGUCCACAUAUUUCACAAUGUCUGACAACCAGAAAGUGUCCAAAUACUGUGUUAAUUCUUAACAAUAUGUGAGCCUGUCUGUAAACUCCAGACUAAAGUUUCAUGAUCUAAUUUGAAAUAAGGAGCUUCAAAGUUUGAUUUCAAUUGAUUGAAUUUUUUGAUUUAAAGAUAUCAAGGUUAUAUUUUCACAGAAUGUUCUUUACAUGUACAGCAAGAUGAUUUUAUGUAGAAAACAAAAAAAGUAAAUCACAAAGAAAGUACUUUACUCAAAAACAAAUUGUUGAACAAAUAAUCCAUUCGACUCGUGUUGUAUACUUUAAGUGUCCUGAAGGCAUACACAAGGGUUUGGUGAAAUAAAUACUAAAAUCUAAUCAAUUAUUACUCUUUCGGUGCACAUUCCCUGUCGGUUAUUUUGGCAGUUUUAGGAUAUUUACUUUUAAAUAAAUUGUAACAACUGAAACAAUAUCCACAACCAGAAAGUAGAGAAGUAAAUGUCUUCAGGACAUUUAAAAUAUAUGAGACACGUUUAGUGGGGUUAUUUAUUUAACGCUUUUGGGUCAUUUUAAAGGUUUUGGUAGUGGACGUUGACCACCUUAAUCCACCCUGGUCAAUAACACUCCUAUAGUAACUAGAAAACCCAAAACAUCACUUUAAAAAAAAAUCUGCAUUUGGGUUUGUAAAAAAAAAGAGUUUAGACAACAUGAAGGUGAGUAAAUAUAGACAAAAUUAUUGUUUUGUGGUGAACUAUGA